AAUACAUCGUAAUUUUAGAGAGGGAGCGUGGGAAGUUUUCUUCUCCGAAUCGUCUCUCUCCUUGUUCUAACCUCUCGAGGGUUAACAGAGAAGGAGAAACGAUAUCUUUGCCUCUCUCUUCUCAAUGGAUUGACGGAUAGAGGGAGAGAAAUAUAGAGAGAAGAGGAAAUGGGGACAUGGAGGAGAGCCUAUGGCGCCCUUAAGGAUUCCACAAGGGUUGGCAUUGCCAAAUUCAGUAGUGAAUUUAAGGAACUGGAUAUUGCCAUUGUGAAAGCAACAAAUCACGAAGAAUGCCCACCAAAAGAACGACACGUUAGGAGAAUAUUUACAUCAAUAUCUGUUGCUCGACCACGGGCUGACAUAGCCUAUUGCAUAUAUGCACUUGCCAAGAGGCUUGCAAAGACUCGCGAUUGGGUGGUUGCAGUCAAAGCUUUGAUUGUGAUUCACAGACUCUUACGAGAAGGUGACCCUUCAUUUAAAGAGGAGCUCUUGAAACAUUCACAGAGGGGACAAAUUUUACAAAUGUCCAAUUUCAAGGACGACUCUAGUCCUUUCGCUUGGGAUUGCUCUGCAUGGGUUCGAACAUAUGCACUCUUUCUAGCUGAAAGACUUGAAUGCUUCGGAAUUUUAAAAUAUGACAUCGAAGCAGAGCGUUUGUUAAAAAAUGUACAAGGUGCUUCCAAGGGCCACAGUAGAACUAGAACUUUAUCUUGUCCGGACCUGCUAGAGCAAAUGCCCGCCAUACAACAAUUACUUCGUCGGCUAGUAGGAUGCCAGCCAGAAGGAGCAGCAUUUGGAAACAAUCUCAUACAAUAUGCGUUGGCAUUGGUUAUAAAAGAGAGUUUCAAAAUCUAUUGUGCCGUUAAUGACGGGAUCAUUAAUCUUGUUGAUAUGUUCUUUGAGAUGUCAAAAUAUGAUGCCAUUAAAGCACUGGAGGUGUAUAAAAUAGCUGGUCAACAGGCAGAAAAUCUUUCCGAGUUCUAUGACUACUGUAAAAACUUGGAACUGGCUAGAAAUUUUCAAUUUCCCACUCUAAGACAGCCACCUCCAUCAUUUCUUGCAACAAUGGAAGAGUACAUAAGUGAAGCUCCAUGUAUGAGCAGUAUUUCAAGUAAGAAUUUGGAGUAUCAAGAGGAAAACAUUCUAACCUACAAAGAAGAUGAGCAUGCUGCUGCGAUAGAGAAUACAGAGCCUUCCGUUGAGGAGGUAAAAGAAGAGGAAGAAGUUGUGGAGGCUGAAAAGCCACUUGAGAUUACAGAAUAUCUUCUGGAUAUUGAAGAGAUAAGAUCCACUGCCGCAGAAAUUGAGCACAAAAAUGCAUUGGCUCUUGCAGUCAUGCAACCUGGGGAUGGCUCAAGGAUAACAUCCACAGAUUUGCUCAGUGGCGAUUCAGGGUGGGAGCUAGCACUGGUCUCUACCCCGAGUACCAACGUCAAAAAUGUUGUAGAAAGCAAACUGGCAGGAGGCUUUGAUAUGCUUUUACUAGAUAGCUUAUAUGAGGAUGCAUCAAGAAGACAACAAAUUGCCGGAGGCACCUACAUUGCCAGUUUCAAUGCCAGUUCAUAUGAGUCAAGGAAUCCAUUCACUAUUUCGAGCGACAUUGCACCUCCAACCAAUGACCAAAUGACUCUAAUGGCACAACACCCACAACAACAGCAAUAUUAUUACCAUCAUCAUCAACAACAACAACAACAAUUUUAUGAUCAACAACAAAGUCAGUUCUAUUACCAGCAACAACAAAUGCCUCAGCACUACCAGCAACAACUUCAUUAUCAACAACAACAAAUGAUGAUGCUGCUGCCUUAUAGCCGUCAAACUCAGAAUUAUCACUUGCAAGUAGGUCCAACAAAUCCUUUUUCUUUUCCGUUCACGGAGUUCUCACAAAAUGCUCCAUCACAAGGCAAUUCAAGUUUGAUUUGAGUGAAUUCCAUUAUUACCCUCAUUUAACAUAUAUUGCAAGUAUUUCUUCAUGUCUUAUCUAAAAAUAUUUGGGUUAUGGUUUUUUUGUUCAUGGAGAGAAUAUCGAUGUUGUUGUUACAAUGAAAGUUAUAUGUCUAUUGCGUUUUGAUUUUCUUGGUGAUGUGCAUAUCCUUGUACA